CAAAUAUCAUUUGAUAGUUCCUUUAUAUAACCCAAAUUUGAUAGAAAUUAAAUUUUUUAUACAAAUGGAGUUUAUCGAAGUUCCUUGUACAAGAGAGAUUAUAGAGAAACCCAAAUCUAUAUUUCAAGAUGAGAAAUUAUUAUAUCUUCAACCACCUAAAAGACGUCCUUCGGUGUACAAUAGACCUUACAAGAAACCAACUAUAAAAGUUGAUUAUAAUACAACAUACGGCAGGUCUUACAUGAAAUUUGAUCGUCCCUCUAAAUUCAGACUUAAUUAUGGGAUGCAUGAGAAAAUGUUAGCUAGUAAAACAGCAAAAUUUGAUUUUGGUACAACGUACAAUCUCUCUUAUCAAGCCAUAAAUCGGAUAGUGUCAAAAGCAUUCGUUCCAAAAUCGAGUUUGUCUAUAAAUGGAUCACACGAUAUGAAAAGUACUAAUAUGUUAUCCUAUAUGGAUCCUGGAUAUCCGAAAGUUGUACGUUGUAAACCAUAUCAAGGAAAAGUCUGCUAUCCAGUAGCGAUGGAUUGUAAAACGGUGACCAAGGAAUCUUAUCAAGAUUUUGGACUUGUCCAUAUAAAAAGACCAUCGAAACGAGACUUUUGGAGAACUAAGUUCAAGACGGAUUAUCACACCACAAAUCAAUUAUCUUAUCAGUAUACAGGACCCGUAUCGAAAAGGAAACAGAUGAAACAUAGACCAAUCAUUUCUGCUCAGAUUAAUAAAGAUACGAUAUAUAAGACGAGUUAUGAAGCUCCUGGUCGUUUCGUAAACAAGGAAAAUACUGUUUCUGUAUGAAUUUGUAUGUAAUAUAUUUUCUUAAUUAAAUUUUUUUGUUAAUUAUCACGAAA